AUGGCCGAGCCAUCUUCCGCUGUGAGCACGCAGAAGCUGUCGCUCUCUGCCCAGUACAGCCACCCUACCGAUACUCCUUUCACAGCAGAAGCCAGCACCGACGGGCCCUCGUCCACGUCCGCCGCAGACAAAUCGGCCUUCCUCGCUCGCCUUCGCGACCUCGUCACGACCGUCCAGGCCGACGUCAACACGCAACUCACGCAGAAAAUGGAGGAAGACAAACAGCGCGCCGCCGGUGCCGGAGGCCCCGCCGCCACUGGAAAAGGCGCCGCCGACGAGGCGAAAGAGGAGGAGAACUACGGCGAGGAGCUCCCGGAGGAGGACUGA